ACGUAUGCGCUUGGACCAGAGCUAGUUUGACGACGCUUCCGUGGUUACCACAGUAACGGAGCUCCAGCUGUUCGUGUGUACACUUGUUGGUACAAUAGCGAGUGAGCUUGCACAUAAACAAGAUACGUUACUUUUUAUAUCUCUGACAUUACCUUUUAUAGCUCUACAUAAAUUGGGUAAAUUUUUGGAAGUAAUACAAAUGCGGCCAACCAAGUAUUUCACCCCAACAGAGGUGUCCCUUCAUAACACCCUUGGCGACCUGUGGGUGUCAUACCUGGGCAAGGUGUACGACUUAACACCAUUGGUCAAUGAAUUUAAAGGGGAUGUACUUCUGAAGCCUAUCAUUGAGUGUGCAGGAAAGGACAUCAGUCACUGGUUUGACCCAAAGACAAAAGAUAUUCUGACCCACAUUGACCCACUAUCUGGGUGUGUGAAAUACUACACCCCUAGGGGGCGCUUUGUGCACGUGCCGCCUCCUUGCCCUCGUACUGACUGGACCAAUGACUUUGGGCGACCCUGGUGGAGAGAUACGCAAUAUGAGGUGGGACUACUUUCUGUCAAAACCAGGUGGAUCCGCAUCAUCAACACCCUCACAUCCCAGGAGCAGGGUCUGGAGGUGUGUUCCGAGGAGACCUUGAAUGAGAUUCUCCAGCGGUACCUCCGCUACAACUCUCAUGCCGCCAGCUACACUUGGAAGCACAACUGUGUCAACUUGGACAUGAGUAGAACGCUGGAGGCGAACGGCAUCCCCGACGAGGACGAGGACUUCUACAACACACGCAUGGACCGCGACCUCUUCUCCCAGUCCAUCUGCCUAUACUUCAACGACGACCUCACUGAACUUUGACCCCAUAUGUAAGGAUGUUAGAAAAUGGUGGUGAGCAAUACAAGCAGACAAUCUAUUAAAAUGUUGACUCACAAAAUACA